AUGGAUUUUAGCUCUUUGAAUCCGAUUACAUCAAAUUCCUUAAACCUUGCCGCAAGAAAUAACGAUGUGCAAGGCGUAAAAAGGUUACUCAAAAAGAUUAAUCCAAAUUGUAUCGAUAACAGGGGAUGGACCUGCCUUCACGAAGCUGCUGCUAAUGAUAGUUAUGAAAGCUUAUUGCUCAUUUUAAAACAUCCAGACACUAGGCCAUUAGUUGAAACUCAUGAAGGCCAUACAGCCUUAUAUCUUGCCUGUCGUCAUAUUUGUUCUCUCAAAACAAUUAAGACUUUGCUGGAUUAUGUACCAGAUAUUGCAAACUACGGUAGUACUGAGGGUGUAACACCUUUGCAUGUUAGUUGUGGACAAGGAAGAGUUGAGGUAAUACAGCUUUUAAUUGAUUAUGGAGCUAUGCUUGAUGUACAAGACUUUGAUGGUGACACUCCUCUACAUGAUGCUGCUUUAGGCUUGCAAUAUGAAGCUGCAGAAACACUAUUGUAUGCUGGUGCAGAUCCAGAAAUAAGAAAUGAAGCAAAUUAUACUCCAUUUCACUUGGCUUCUUAUAAGGGCUGCUUGAAAAUAGUGCAUAGUUUGUACCCAUUUGUUACUGAGAUUGACCAAUUAACUGUCAAUGGUGAUAGCGCAUUGAUUCUUGCUGCACAAGGAUGCAAUGAUGACAUUGUAAAAUUUCUGUUAAAGAAAGGAGCUGAUCCUCAUAUUAAAAAUCAGUAUGGAGAUUUAGCCUUAACAGUUUCUUUAAACAUGGGUUAUAGUACAAUCUUUAAAACAUUGUUAUCCGUCAUGGAUGUUAACAAAAUAGAUCAGAACAUAAUUUUAUAUGCAUGUAAGCCUCAUUAUUUUAAGUUUGAAAUAUUGGAGAGUCUUCUUAUGCAUAACUUGGGUCCAGAAUUCUUUGACUUUAUAGAGCAAUUUCAUGUCACUUUAGAAAAAAUUGGAGAUUUAAGGCCUACAUACUUGACAAAUGCUCCAAUCAAUUCAUAUUUGAAUAUCUGUGAAUACAUAUAUAGUACCUCGCCUGAGAAAUUUAAAGAGUUUUUCCUUUUAUUUCUUAUGAGAGGUUUAGCAGUUGAUGCAUUGGAUGUAAAUGAGUGUCCACCACUGGUUUACAUUCACUAUUGCAUGCAUUCUGUGUGUUUUGAAGAGGUUUUUAGUAUACUCCGAGAACAUGGCUGCAAUGUGGACUAUUGUAGUGCCAAUUCAUGUAUAAAUACAGAGAAAUGUGUGCCUGAUGCAUUCUUGGCAUCACUGACCUCAGAUCCGGCAACCAUACCAAUUAUGUUGCCAUACAGUAUUUACGGUGAACCAGGCUUUUUGCUCAAAUUUGCCUGUGAUAAUGGUAUUCUAGGAAGGAUACCACCAAGUGUUCAAGACCAAAUCUUAUCAAUGAUAGGUAUAUUUAAGGAAGGAACCACUGCAGAAAUCCUACCAUUCACACCAUUACCUUUGAAGCAUUUAUGCCGGGUAAAAAUUAGAUCACUUUUAAGGAAGAGAACAAAGCGGUUUACCACACAACAGUUUUUAAAUGUUUUAGAUUUGAUUAGACUACCUCAAAUAAUUAAAAAUUAUUUACGGUAUAUGUAA